UCUAUUCCAAUCUAAUGAUUAGUAAGAAAACAUUUUCUCUCUGUUUUCCUUAAUGACUUUUUGUUAAUUGUACUUAAAUUGUUUCAAUUUUUUCUACUCAAUACUCAUUGAUUUACCUCUAAGUUCACUUUGGUUGUUACCUUUGGUUCGCAAUUAGGUGAAUUUUCUAUCACAAAAUGGGUGACAGUGAUGAUGAAUAUGAUCGUCGUAGGGUAAGAGAUAAAUUUAAAAGAGAACGUAGUGAUUAUCAGGAUAGAUAUUCUGGUUCAAGUAGAGGAGGUGGACGGGAAGAUUGGCCUGAUUCUCGUGAAUCCAGUGGUGAUUGGGGACGUAAUUCAUCUGGUAGAUCUGGUGAUCGAAUGAAUAACCGUGGUAGUGAUGGUAGAUAUUCUAAUGAUAGAUAUGGUAAUCAAAGAAGGGACCGGUAUGGUAGCCCUGGAGAUAGAAGUGACAUGAGUCCUCCUAUGAAAAGGGUUCGUAAUACUCGACCAGAUUGGGAUGAAAGAGGUAAUUACUCUUCUUCCAAUAAUUUUGAAUACCCUCAUUCAGGAGGUACAUGGAAUCCUAUAGAUACUGGGAUAAGUCCUCAUUCCUUAAAUUCAGCUGUUGCCGCAGCUACUUUUAACUCCAACACAUCAACCAAUACUCAUCAAAGGUUUGUAUACGUUGGCCCUACACAACCUCCUAUGAUGACAUUUAAACAAUUUCUUGCUACCCAGGAUGAUAGCGUUGAUGAUAUGGAUGCCGUUAAAAAAUAUAACGAUUACAAGACAGAUUUCAAGAAACAACAGAUCGCUUCCUUUUUUACCGCACACAAAGAAGAAGAAUGGUUCAAGUCCAAGUAUCAUCCUGACGAAUUUGGUAAACGUAAAGAAGAAUCACACCAAGCUCUUAAAAACAGACUUAAUGUUUUCAUGGAACUUUAUGACAAGGGAUUGGUUGACUCUGUGAGCAUUGAUGUCGAAAAAUCUGACUCGAUUAUCCGUCUAUUAGAUGCUGCAGUUAUCAAGUUAGAAGGCGGAACUGAUUUUGAUCUUAAAGCAUUGGAUACCAAGUUAGAUGCCUCAGAUGACAAACCAAAGGCAUCUGAUCUUGAAGUAUUCCAAGUUGACGUUGAAAAACCUCCUCCCAAGAAAGAAAAAAAGGAAAAACCAGAAGAAGGCGAAGAAGGCGAAGAAGGUGAAGAAGGAGAAGAAGGCGAGGAUGGUGAAGAAAUUGACAAAAAAGAAGAUGAAGAUUCAGACAUGAAGUCGAAAAUCAAAGAGGAAAUCAAAGAUGAAGAUUCGCAAAAUGUCCCAGUUAAAGAAGAGCCUGUUGAAAGUGCCGAAUCUGUUAAGAAUAUGGAUGAAAAUACUGGAGAAUGUGAAGACUUUAAAGAUAGUAAAGUAAACAUUAAAGUCGAACCAUCUGAAGAUAUGGAAGAUGGUGAAGACGGUGAAGCAUCUAUGAGUAAAGAACUAGCUGAGGAAAAAGAUCAAAUAAAAGAAGAAGGCGAAGAAGAAGAUAGUGUAAAUGAACAAGAUGAGAAACCUGAAACUAAAGGCUCAGGCCUAGAGACUGAAGAGAAGAUGGAUGAAAGUGAUGAGCCCAAAAAAGACUCAGCUAAUGAACCAAACGACGAUGAGCCUAAACCUCGACCUCUUCAUCUUAAAGAUUCAAUUUUCUUACGUAACAUUGCCCCAAACAUAACCAAGGCGGAAAUUGAAGAGAUCUGUAAGAAGCAUCCUGGUUUUCUCCGAGUCCACAUAGCUGAUCCAGCACCAGAUCGUAAAUUUUAUAGACGAGGAUGGGUCACUUUUGAGAAACUUGGUAACAUCAGAGAAAUUUGUUUAGAAAUGCUUAGUAUUAAAAUUAAAGAAUGUGAAUUAGGAGCUAUAGUUAAUCGAGAUUUAACCAGACGAAUCCGCUCUGUUAAUGGAAUAGCUUCUCACAAGAAUGUUGUUCGGGCCGACAUCAGGAACGCAGCGAAAAUAGUUUUUAAUCUUGAUCACCAAAGACGCGUCUGGGACGACCAUGAACAGGAAAAGAGAGAUGCAAAUGAACCAAAGACCAAAGAAGAAGUUGCAUUUGGAUUCCAAUCCUGUAAUCCUCUUCUUAAAAAUAUUGCCGAUUACAUGAUUGAAGAAGCAAGUGCUGAAGAGGAAGAGCUUUUAGGAGACCAAGCGGGUGAAGAGGAAGGCGAAGAAAGUCCUGGUCAAUCAUUAGAAAGAGAUGAGAAUCUUAUUAAAGUUUUAGAUCGUCUACUCUUAUACCUUAGGAUAGUUCAUUCUGUUGAUUAUUAUAAUCACAGUGAUUAUCCAAAUGAAGAUGAAAUGCCCAAUCGUAUUGGUAUCAUGCAUGCUCGAGGUGCACCACCAUCUUGUAAAGUAACUUCACAAGAGAUAAAUGAAUACAUCAAAGCAUUCGAGCAAAAAAUCAAACCUUAUCUUCAACCAUUAGUAAUUAUCACCGAAGAAGAAGCUCUUAAAUUGGGUAAAAAAGAUGAAGAAAAAGAAGUUGAAGAUUUUAUUCAACAUAAUACCCAAGAAAUUGGUAAAGAUAAAUGGCUUUGUCCAUUAUCGGGUAAAAAGUUCAAAGGACCUGAUUUUGUGCGGAAACACAUUUUAAACAAGCAUGAAGAUAGACUUCAUCAAGUUAGAAAAGAAGUUGAAUAUUUUAACAAUUAUCUAAGUGAUCCAAAGCGACCUGCAUUACCUGAACAUCCAUCUAAUAGACCCGCGAAUGCACAGACUGGCACUGAUAAAAAUAAUCCACCGACAAUUGGUCACAAUGGACCAACAACUUCAGCCAAUGCAUGGGCUCACCCCGCUGGUUUCCCUACAGCUCCUGGUUUUCCUGGAUUUCCCUUGCGAUCGCCAUUACCCUUUGCCAAUCCAAUGGCGGCAUGGACAGCAUUGAGUCGAAACUAUCAGCCUAUGGCUCCUAAUUUGGACUAUUCUCGAGGUGGUCACCAGGCAGCAGCAGCUCACGCGGCGGCAGCAGCAGCCGCAGCCGCUGCUGCAACAUUAUCCCGUAAUCGUUACGGUGCUAGACAUGAUCCUCGUGCUGUUGUUGGAUACGCAGAUUUGGAUGAUAACCUGGAAAUGAUUUAAUUAAAGAGACAUCAAGAUAAAUUCCCUUCCAUCCAUGAGAAUUGACAAGGCAACAAGAUACUUUAAAGGCCUUUCCAGAUCACAAGAAAAGGAUCGUAAAUUUAAAUCUAAACCUGAGUAACCAUAAUAUCUCUCAUUCUCUCUCCCUUGGUCCCACACAAAGAAAAGAUUAUUAUUACAAAAAGGAAAUCAACUUGUAUUUUGACAUUGAAAACCGGAGCUAUCAGUUGUUUUCAGAUUCGAUUGAGAUCUCGUUCACUAUUUAGUAUUAAUAUUACCAGUUAAUGACUUUCGAAAAAAGAAAUGAUUGUUGUCUUGUAUCGAUUUUGAUUAACACAAAAUUUAACAACAAUACAUUAAUAUUGACAUUUUAUUGACGAUGUUAAUGUUUCAGAAUAAAGACAAGAAAUUAUAGAGAUCUCGAUGCUCCUGAUGACGACUGAUAGGAAGACGAACCAACCACAAAUUUAAAUCAUCAAAAAUUCAUUUACAAUCUUUCAUCAAAUAUUUUGUGCCCUCUUCAUCUGAGAACUUCUCUCUUUUUUUUCUCUCUCUUCCUCUCUCAAUCCAUCUUCCUAUUUGCUUUUCUCUUUCAAUUUUCCUGUUUAUUCACCAUAAAAUAUAUGAUUGGUUCAUCAUAUUGAUAAUGAUAAUAAUAAUAAUAAUCAAAUCCACAGAGAAGAUCCGGUUUCUGCUCUUUUUCCAUCCUCGAUUCAUGUUCCAAUUCAAUCGCUGUUGAUUAUCGCUGAUAUUGAUACUGAUGAAGAUAAUGAAGAUAAUGAUGAAGAUAAGGAUGAAUUACUAUAUCAUUGAAUUGUCACUUGAAUGAAUUAUUAUAAUAAAAUAACAUAUAUACAGCUAA